CACUGUAACCGUUGGCGCAAAAACAAAACUCCAAAACGACAACGCAUCAGCACAAAAAGGUCCACCAAAACCAGACCCUUUUUCCACUAUUUCCAGCUCCGUCGGACCCAACUCGGGCCCCCAUCUUGGUCCCGGACCUCCGCAUUUCCACCAUCGCCGCCUCUCACUCUCACACCGCUCCUUCCUCCCCGUGCUCCUCAGCAGUCGGAGAUGGCGAAAGCUUCAACGGGCCACCACGAUGAAUUUGAAGACGACGAUGAAGUGUCUCAUGGAGGGGAAUUGGCAGUGAAGGUAGAAGGGCAAGGCAGGGAGAAGAACCGGUCCAAACAUUCCGAAACCGAGCAACGUCGGAGGAGCAAGAUUAAUGAGAGAUUUCAGAUGUUGAGAGAUAUCAUACCCCAGAAUGAUCAGAAAAGAGAUAAGGCUUCGUUGUUGUUGGAGGUUAUAGAGUAUAUAAAUUUUUUACAGGAGAAGGUAAAUUUAUACGAGGGGUCAUACCAAGGGUGGAGUCCGGAGCCAACCAAACUGGUGCCAUGGAAAAAUCAUAACAGGUCUGGAGAAAAUUUAGCAGAUCAGUCUCAAGUUAUGAACAAUGGUUCGGGUAAUGAGAAUAAUGUGGUUGUCUCACCAGCAAUGCUCCCCAACACUCAAAACUCACUGGAUCACAUUGCUGGGCUAGCUACUCAAUUGGUUCCUAAUGUGCAGCAACAAUGCAUCUUAGACUCUAUUGGGAGUGGAGUACCCACACAACCGUUGCAGGAAUCUAUUAUUGAUGUUCGGAACAUGGCUUCUCGGCCGCAAUUCCCAUCGUUGGCGGGUAUAACAUCUUCAACCGUUUCAGAUGGUAAACUGAAUAAACAGGAUGAACAUAGUGGAUCUGGUAGCAUCUCAAGUGCCUACUCUCAAGGGGUUUUGAACAAUCUGACGCAAGCACUGCAAUCUGCUGGUCUGGACUUGUCCCUGGCCAGCAUCUCUGUUCAAAUGGAUGUUGCAAAUCGAGCAAGCAGUGGGCUGACAUCUGUAGCAUCUAGUUCUAAGGCACGUGUAAACCGAUCCAUGAACAAUCAAAUGAUGACACAGGCUCAAGUAAGUACCUGUGAUGGGGGAUUUGAACCGGCUCAUAAGCGGUACAGAACAAGAGACGGCUAGACUAGUAGAUAGUUUCUAGCUUUUCUUAGUGUGUUAUAUUUGGUUUUCGUGGUUUUAUUGGGGUUGACGGGGUUCUCGGGUAGGUCACAUUUUGUUUGGAAAUUAUAUUGGCAACAGAACAACUAGGCUAAAGGUCAAUUGUAUAUGUUUUGUGCUCCUUUGUGCAUGAAUUUUCCGUAGAUAGAAGUGUGAGAUAUUCAUUUGUUGGUACUUUUGAAGUUUCAGAUGGAUGGUUCCAUGCAUCAAAAGUGAAGCGGCUUUCGGCCCUGUUUAUGUUC